AUGGUGAUUUCCCCCAAAAUUAAACCAUAUAUUCCUCACCUUCGUCAAAUUGAUGAAGAGCAGUUUGUUUAUCAGAUUAAUUCUCGAAUAAAAAACUGCAGCAUUAUUUCUUUAAAUGAUUCUCAGAAAGAUUCAGAUGCUGAAAAAGAAGUUGGAGAAGCACUUGUGCAUGCCCCAGAGGUUGAAUAUGAGCUUCGUGAUGAAGCAAAUAGAAAAUGUUGGAAAUUAUUCAAUGAAUAUGAAUAUAAACGAAAUGCUGGAGAGAAUAAAACUAAAUGGUAUCAUUGGUUUGACCAAAAUGACAGUCCUAAAGAAAAAAAGCUUUUAAUGAAACUCGAUCUAUUGCUAUGUUUUUUCUCCUUUGUCAUGUACUGGGUCAAAUAUCUUGAUCAAGCAAACAUCAAUAAUGCAUAUGUUUCGGGAAUGAAGGAAGACUUAAGAAUGAAAGGAAAUGAUCUGGUAAAUACACAAGCAGUAUACACUGUGGGGUCAGUUGUUUUUCAACUCCCUAUGAUGUAUCUAAUUCACAGAUAUCCAACAAAUAUUAUUCUUCCUGUUAUGGAUUUGGGCUGGGGUCUUUUUACUUUGGCAAUUUAUCAAUCCCAUUCUCUUAGAGAUCUUCAAGCUUAUAGAUUUUUCGUUGGAGUCUUUGAAGCAGCUUUUUACCCAACCAUUCAUUAUUUGUUUGGUUCUUGGUAUAAGCCAUCAGAGUAUGCUAGAAGAGGAGGGUUUUAUUAUUUUGGUCAAAUGCUAGGUCUAUGCACGGCUGGUUUAAUUAUGAGUUCAUGUAUUAAACUUGAUGGUAUCAAUGAUAUAGCUGGGUGGAGAUGGAUGUUUAUCAUUGACUCUAUUAUCACUAUUCCAAUAGCCGUAAUUGGAUUUUUUGUUCUCCCUGGUACUCCUAAAUACUGCUAUUCUUUAUUUCUUACUGAUGAAGAAAUUUAUAUUGCCCGAAAACGACUUCGUGACGCAAAUAUAGCAAUCGAAGAAGAAGAACCUAAAUUUCUUUCUAAAAAUUUAUGGAAAAACCUUUUGGGUACCUGGAAAUUUUAUAUGUUUGUUUUCUUAAGUAUUUUGGUGUCUAAUACCAGUAAUGCUAGUAAUGGAUCAUUUAUUCUCUGGUUGAAGUCUUUAGACAGGUACAGCAUUUCUAAGGUUAAUACUCUUUCUUCAAUUACACCGGCCCUUGGUAUAAUCUACAUUUUCCUUACUACGACCCUUUCAGAUAAGACACAGUCUCGUUGGGGAGCCAUUAUUUUUUCUCAGUUUUUUAAUUUUUUGGGGAACAUUUUACUUGCAAUUUGGAAUAUACCCGAAGGUGCCAAAUGGUUUGCCUUCUGUAUCCAAUACUUUGGAUGGGCAGUUUCUUCAGUCAUUUACUCCUGGGCUGCAGAUACCAUGCGUCAUGACCCACAGCAGCGUGCUAUUACAAUAGUAUCUAUGAACCUAAUUGGUCAGGCUUCCUCUGCUGUUCUAUCAAUAUUAGUAUGGAAAACAUCCGAAGCUCCCAGAUUCAAAAAAGGGUUUUCAUUUGUUUCUGCAGUUUCAAUUACAAUAAUGAUAUGGGCAACUAUAAUGCUUCCAUUUUAUAAAAAGGACGAGCGCAAGCACGCUCUAGAGAAUAGAAUUAUAGUCUACAAUUCUAAGUCUGAUGAAGUGCCGAGGCUAGUCGAAAGUUCCGAAAAAACAGUAGAAACUCUAUCCAAAACAAGUUAA